AUGAUUCAGUUGGAAGAACGAGAUAUACCAGUGAUACCCGGCACCAAGCUAGACGAAGAAGAAACAAGAGAAUUACGUCUAAUGGUUGCUGAAUUAUUAGGUAGAAGAAGUGUUAUGUUUCCAGGAUCUCAACCAAUUUCAUUUGAAAGAAAACAUCUUGAAGAAACAUUAAUGCAAAAGGAUUAUUUUGUUUGUGAGAAAUCAGAUGGAUUAAGAUGUCUCUUGUUCAUUAUAAAUGAUCCAGAUAAAGGUGAAGGUGUAUUUUUAAUAACUCGUGAAAAUGAUUAUUACUACAUUCCAAAUAUACAUUUUCCUUUGACUACUUCAUCAAGUCCAACAUAUCAUCAUGGAACUUUAUUAGAUGGGGAAUUAGUAUUGGAAAAUAAAAAUGUAAGUGAAGCAGUACUUCGGUAUUGUUUAUUCGAUGCUUUGGUGAUAAAUGGUAAAUGUAUAACAGAUAGAAUACUACCUAAACGAUUAGGUUAUAUAACGGAAAAUGUAAUGAAACCAUUUGAUCAAUUUAAAAAAAAUAACCCAGCAGUGGUAAACUCACCAAACUUCCCAUUCAAAGUUGGUUUUAAAAGUAUGGUAUUCGCUCAAGAUUCAGGAAAGGUAUUGCAAAAAAUGGAUCAAUUAUUUCACUCAUCAGAUGGUUUAAUUUAUACAUGUGCGGAAACUCCAUAUGUUUUUGGAACUGAUCAAACACUAUUGAAAUGGAAACCAGCCAACGAAAACACUAUAGAUUUUCAAUUAGAAUUUGUAUAUAAUAAAUAUGAAGAUCCAGACAUGGACCCGAGAGAUCCAAGUUCAUCAUAUUUAGAUUAUGAUUCUAAACCAGAAUUAAUCAAAUUAAGAGUUUGGCAAGGUUCAAAUGUACAUACCGAUUUUGCACAAUUGGAUUUAUUAGACUCAGACUGGGAAAGAUUAAAAGAAUUGGGUCAACCACUACAAGGUAAAAUAGCUGAAUGUAGACAAUCGACUACAAAAAGAGGGUAUUGGGAAAUGUUGAGAUUUAGAAAUGAUAAAAGUAAUGGUAAUCAUAUAAGUGUUGUUGAAAAAAUAUUGUUGUCUAUAAAAGAUGGUGUCACGGAGGAAGAGUUAGUCACAAAAUGUCCUGAAAUUGGAGCUGCUUGGAAAGAAAGAGAAAUGGAAAGAAGAAACAAACAUUCAAAUAACGGACAUCAUUCAAGUGAACCACCUACUAAGAGAAUUAAGACUGAACAACUGCCACCAAAGCAACACCAACCACCUCCACCUCAACCACAACAAAAUCAACUUGAUGAAAUACCGACCUACGAAGAUAGCGAUGAUGAUUGA